AGGGAACAAAACAAAAAGGAAGUGCUGAGCCCCGCCGGCUGGGAGUAUUUUGCAGUCCGACAGAGGACGUCGGAUUUUUUUCCCUCCACCGCCCCUGCUCGGAAUCUGCUCGGCGCUGCCGCGGCGCUUUCGGCUUUGCUGCUAGGCACCGGAUUGGCGGGGGCGAUCAGAAAUCCGGGAAGACCCGCCUCCCUCCGCGGUCCCCGGGGCAUCAGCUGGGCACUGCUCCUCUCCCGGGCUCACCAUGGUCGCGCUUUAUCUGUUACUCCUCGCGGGUCGCCUGCUGGCGCCGGGGAACGCCUUCAAUCUGGACGCGGAGAGCCCAACUGUUUACUACGGCUCCGACGGCAGCUACUUCGGCUUCGCGGUGGAUUUCUUCGCCCCCGACCAUUCCUCGAUGUUUCUCCUUGUUGGUGCUCCAAAGGCCAACACUACUCAGCCUGGGAUCGUGGAAGGAGGCCAGGUGUUUAAGUGUAACUGGAAUUCCAAUCAAAACUGUCAGCCAGUCAUAUUCGAUGCUACAGGCAACAGAGAAUUUGCUGUAGAUGAUCUUUUGGAAUUCAAAUCACAUCAAUGGUUUGGAGCAUCUGUGAGAUCUAAAGAGAAUAAAAUUUUGGCGUGUGCUCCUUUAUAUCACUGGAGAACUGAACAGAAAGCACAGAGAGAACCUGUGGGAACUUGCUAUCUUCAUGAUGGGUCUAAAGCUGUUGAAUACGCUCCUUGCAGGUCAACAAGCACGGAUGCUGAAGGACAGGGCUUUUGUCAAGGUGGAUUCAGCAUUGAUUUUACCCAGGAAGAUAGAGUUCUUCUUGGAGGACCCGGAAGCUUUUAUUGGCAAGGCCAGCUAAUUUCUGAUCAAGUGGCUGAGAUUGUGUCAAAAUACAGCACUAAAAUCUACACAACCAAAUAUGACCACCAGUUAGCAACGCGGUCAGCUAGUGCUACUUUUGAUGACAGUUAUUUGGGUUAUUCAGUUGCUGUAGGGGAUUUCAGUGGUGAUGGCAUAGAAGAUUUUGUGUCUGGCGUCCCAAGAGCAGCUAAAACUUUGGGCAUGGUGUCCAUUUACAAUGGGGAAACCAUGGCAUCCAUGUAUAACUUCACUGGAGAACAGAUGGCUGCUUAUUUUGGAUAUUCUGUAGCUGCCACAGAUAUCAAUGGAGAUCAUUACACAGAUUUGCUUGUAGGUGCCCCACUCUUUAUGGAUCGUGGUUCAGAUGGCAAGCUUCUGGAAGUGGGCCAGGUGUCUCUUUAUCUUCAACAAGCCUCUGGAGGGUUUCGAAGUUCAACCAUGAAGUUGAAUGGCUUUGAAGUCUUUGCAAGAUUUGGCAGUUCAGUUGCCCCUUUGGGGGACCUUGACCAGGAUGGCUUCAAUGACAUAGCAGUUGCAGCACCUUAUGGUGGAGAAGACAAGAAAGGACUGGUUUAUAUCUACAAUGGGAGAGCCACAGGAUUGAAUGGAAUGCCGUCUCAGGUCCUUGAAGGACAGUGGGCCUCUGAAGCAAUGCCACCAAGUUUUGGAUAUGCACUGAAAGGAGCUAUUGAUGUGGACAAAAAUGGCUACCCAGACUUGAUUGUAGGAGCUUUUGGUGUUGACCGAGUUGCAUUAUUCCGGGCACGGCCAGUCAUUACCGUAAAUGCUGGAUUAGAAGUUACCCCAACAAUUCUAAAUCCAGAGAACAAAAUCUGUGAAGAAAAUGGUCAAAAGGUUUCUUGUUUUAAAGUAAAGUUCUGCUUAAAAGCUGAUGGCAAAGGAAAUCUCCCCAGGGAACUCACUUUCCAUGUGGAGCUUCUGUUGGACAAACUUAAACAAAAAGGUGCCAUAAGGCGAGCUCUGUUUCUCCACAACAGACAACCUGGUCACUCAAAGAACAUGACUGUCUCCAAAGGAGGUCGAAAGAGUUGUGAAGAACUUGAUGCUUUUUUAAGGGAUGAAUCUGAAUUUCGAGAUAAGCUUACUCCAAUUACUAUAUUCAUGGAAUAUCAACUGGAUUACAAAACUGCUUUGGAUUCUACUGGUUUACAGCCCAUCCUCAACCAGUUCACUCCUGCAAACGUUAGCAGACAGGCUCAUAUUCUUUUGGACUGUGGGGAAGACAAUAUCUGCCGUCCAGAUUUAAAAGUGACCGUUGAUAGUGAUCAGAAGCAAAUCUACAUUGGGGAUGACAAUCCAUUAACCCUAAUUGUCAACACCCAGAACUUAGGCGAGGGAGCCUAUGAAGCUGAACUCUUUGUAACCAUCCCACCUCAGGCAGACUUCAUUGGUAUAGUUCGCAACAAUGAGGCUCUUGCAAGACUUUCAUGUGCAUUUAAGACUGAAAAUCAAACUCGGCUGGUUGUCUGUGAUCUUGGAAAUCCUAUGAAAGCAGGAACAAAGCUCUCAGCUGGUCUUCAUUUUAGUGUUCAUCAACAAUCUGAGAUGGAUACUUUUGUCAAGUUUGAUCUACAGAUCCGUAGCUCCAAUUUGUUUAACAACCUAAGCCCAGUGAUCUCGUAUCAAGUGGACCUGGCCAUUUCAGCUGCUGUAGAAAUCAGAGGGGUCUCUUCUCCUGAUCAUAUUUUCCUCCCAAUUCCCAACUGGCAACCAAAGGAAAAUCCAGAAACAGAGGAUGACAUAGGGCCUUUAGUUCAACACAUCUAUGAGCUCAGAAACAAUGGUCCAAGUACCUUCAGCAAGGUGAUGCUCAAUCUUCAGUGGCCUUAUAAAUACAACAAUAAUACACUUUUGUAUAUUAUGAAAUAUGAAAUUGAAGGACCCAUGAACUGUACAUCUGACAUGGAGAUUAACCCACUAAAAAUUAAGGUGUCAACUUCUCAGCAAGAUGAAAGGAAUGAAACGCUUAAUGGAGAAGAUCACCGCAAUCACCAAAUCAACCGAAGAGAUCUAAGUGUUACAGAGGAAGAUGUACAAACUUUGGGCUGUGGAAAUGCAGACUGUUUAAAAAUAUUUUGUCAAGUUGGUCGCCUAGAGAGGGGAAAAACUGCAAUUCUCUAUUUGAAAUCUCGCCUUUGGGCUCAGACUUUCAUGAAUAAAGAAAACCAAAACCACUCUUAUUCUCUCAAGUCAUCAGCUUCUUUCAGCGUCAUCGAGUUCCCCUACAAGAAUCUUUCCUUUCCUGAAGAUGUCCACAAUUCUACAAUAGUUACCACAAACAUCUUGUGGGGUAUUCAGCCAGCACCUAUGACAGUACAAGUAUGGGUAAUCAUACUGGCUGUCUUAGCAGGAUUAUUACUGUUGGCCCUUCUAGUUUUUAUAAUGCACAAGGUGGGUUUCUUCAAACGUGUGCGGCCACCUCAGGAAGAACAAGAAAGAGAACAACUGCAACCCCAUGAAAACGGAGAAGGGACCUCAGAGGCUUAAGCAGUGUUUUAGCUGUGUCUUUUACCAAAAGGUUUAGAAUGAUUGCCAACUUCCUUUAGAAAUAUGCAUUUUGAUCCUCGAGGGAUGGACGGUCAAGGACUGCAUAGCAAAUGGCAAAGUUAACUGCAAAAUGAGAGUGACAUAUGUUUGUUUCCCUCAUAUUAAUCACAUUCACAUUUGUGACUAAUACACAUGCACUGAUGAAUAUAUUUUAGUGCCACAAUUUUGCUUACUGAGGUCCAAAAGGCAAAGUGAGGAAGGGGAGGCUUGGUUGGUGUUUUGUUUUUAAAUUUUUUAUUGGUACAACUUGAACUGCUCCACCACUUGCAAGCGUGUAGCAACUAUGUCUGUCUAGAGAACGUGGACAUUAACUGAAGACCUGCUCCUGAACCUUCUUAUCUGGACUUUCCCAAGGUACUCACCAAUUUUCUGAAGAACUGACCUGCCUCUUCUAAGUUGGAGAUAUGAACGGCACAAAGCAAUGAGUGAGAUACUGCACAGAUCUACUUCAACUGGCCAUUUAGAGAUAAUCCCAGUAUAGAAGAGGACCUCACUAUCUCUAUGAUGUGGUUUCCAUUUAAGGAAUAGUUGUCCAUUUUAUGGAAUCUUUCAUCUGGAAAGAUGUACUUUGGUUGUAUGGAAGAUCAUAGAUCCCGUUCACCAGUUCCCAUUUCCAAUUCUAUGUAGCAUCAUGAAAUUGACUGAUUCAUACAAUCAUUUUCUGAUACCCUUUGCAAACAUCUGGUUUUUUACAUUAAAAAAAAUAUAAAAAUCUGUGUCAAGUAGCCCAAAUUCCACAUUCAGGAUAAAUUAUACCAAAAGUUUCCUGUUAUUUACAUUGUAUAAUUUAAUUGUGUUCAAGCUCCAAUACAAAUAGAUUGGAAUCAUUUCUGGUUAAAAGUAGAUCUUGAAAUACUUCAGCAAUUAUAAAACAAUAAACCCCAUUGUGAUUUUAGUAAAUAGGAUUUCUGUUCUAUUCCAGUAGAGCUUCAUCAGAUACAUAUUAUAGAUUUCAGCUCUACUUUUCACAUAAGAGUAGAAAUUUAAAAUUUCCUUUAAAUGUAUUAACAGUUUUAGUAAUAAUUUUAAAGGAAAUUAUCAUCAUCUCAGAAAGUGAAAUCAUAAUAGAUCCUGGAUCCUAUGUUCAUAUUUAUUACAAAGGAGUAAAUAAAUUAUAGUGGACAAUUUGAGACCCCAGCCCUACAUGUGAUCUUUAAGUCCCCUUUUUGCAACUCUCUGUGAGAAAUGAUUAAUGAAUACUGACAGCAUAGUUUCCUACCAUUCUGAGAUGGAAAUCCAAUAGAAACUGUAAUUUAAGCCCUCAGAUAGGGAUAUCACGGUUAAAAAAUAAAGUAAUACCCCCAACAUUCUCUCAGAAUCCAUCCCGCUUACAUAUGAGAUAAGACCCCAAUGAUCUGUGGCUUUCAGCUCCUCUCCCCCCAAAUGUUAAAUGCAAACUUGGUCACCAAAAGAUCAUGUACUAAGGUAAAUAAAUACAUUCCCAUCUAUAAACCUAAGGAAAGGCAUGGAUUGUUUUAGUGGUCAGCCAGUCCUGAUUGAUCCAGCAAGGAUGCUGAGGAACAAUGAAUGGAGUCCACCCAACCUUCCCCAAUUUCAUGGCCAAACACUUUCCAUUCCACAGUUUUCGCACUAGAUUUGCUAGGUUCCAGCCAGCAACAUCAAAGCCUGGCAUCUGGCAAAAUUGCUUGGAUUUCAGGACAGGAUUUUUUAAAAAAAGUUCUCAGUAACUGAAAGCAUGGGACUACUGGAGAGAGAAGGUUUUGUCCGGAGUAACGUGCAUGAAAUAUGCUGAUAUUGGACAAGAAAACACCUCAACUCAGGCAUCCGUAGUUAGCCACAAUGACACCAAAAUGACAAAAUAUGUAUAGCACACCAUGCAAGUGCCAUCCUUCGGUCCUUGCAUCACAAAAUCACACAAAUAAGGAAUGGAGUUUGUAUCACAUAAUUUGUCCCUUGGCUCCCUCCCACCCACCCACCCCUUUCAAACACCCACAAGCUUUAAAUAUCACUUUUAUGAUCUUUGGAGUGAAUGGAACUUCUUUUUGAUAUUUUCUGGGAUCCUAAUGAGAAUUUUCUGUAUGCAAAUAAGCAUAUACCUCAGUAGAGAAACUUGACCAAGAAUGCAAGGAGCUUGUAUGAAGAGUUUGUUUAUGGAGACCACUGAGGCCAAGCACAUAAAGCCACUGUAAAACUGAAUUCUAAGAUUUGGUUUUAGACAUUUUGUCUUUUUAUCUGAUUGUAAUAAGCCUCUUUAUUGGGAAAAUGUAAGGGUAUGCUUUAGUACAGAAAUAAAAGAACCUUUGAUGGUUGCUAUAAAGUCAAAUGUGUUCUACACAUAAGAGCUGUCAAAACUUAUAUGUACAGCCACUGAUAAAAAUUAUGUAGCUUUCAAUGACUGAGAAAUCUUACUAGUUUUCCUAAUAAUUUUCUGCAGUUUUGCUGAACAGCAAAAUCUAAAUAGUGUUGGAUAAAGGAUCUGGUUCACUUAUACAUGUACAUUGAUUUUUCUACUGUUGAUUACUUUACACUUGCUGACUAGCAGUGAAAUUUAUGUGCCAGUGAAAAACAGGGAGUUGGAAGCAAUAUGAGGAAAGAAAUCUAUCUGUAGUAUCAGAUGUGUGAUAGCCCUUAUAAAUAGAUAAGUUAUCAGCUGAUACUUCUAAAGUUACAAGCUUGCAUUAAAGAAAACUAUUUGUUUCUUUCUGGCUCAAAGUGGCACUUUUCUUACAAAUAUUGUACUGAAGGAAGCCUUUUUUUCCAGGCAUAAACUUCAGCUGCAAAAUCUUUUGGCACAUCAUAUUAACACUUCUUUUUCUUUGAUGGUAAUACUGUAAUUCUUUGUACAUACUACUGUAGCUAAUUUUUUGAUUUCUUGGAUUUCCGAGCUGUCAGAGCGUAAAUAUUUUUGAAGGGGAAAAAUCAUUAAGGUA